GCAUGCGAGCGAUGUUGCUGGAGCACUGCGAGCGGUCCGCGUAGAGAGGAGAUGCCGCGCCCCAGCCGGGAGUCGUACGGCGACCAGAAGCCGCCCUACUCGUACAUCUCGCUGACGGCGAUGGCCAUCUGGAGCUCGCCCGAGAAGAUGCUGCCGCUGGCGGACAUCUACCGCUUUAUCACCGACAACUUCCCGUACUACCGGCGCAAUACGCAGCGCUGGCAGAACUCGCUGCGGCACAACCUCUCCUUCAACGACUGCUUCGUCAAAGUGCCGCGCCGGCCCGACAGGCCGGGCAAGGGCGCCUACUGGACGCUGCACCCGGACGCGCUGGGCAUGUUCGAGAACGGCUCGCUGCUGAGGCGCCGCAAGCGGUUCAAGCUGCUCAAGACGGACAAGGACCGCCUGGAGAACGAGCUGGCCGCGCUCGCCAACAUCAACAGGUUCAUGUUCGCUCCGCCCCCGCCGCCGCCGCCCCCGGCGCUGCCGCCGCCUCCGCCGCCCCCGACAGUGCCGGAGAUCACCUCCGUGGUGCCGAGCCAACCGGCGCCGCGGCCGAAACGCGACUUCACCAUCGAGAGCCUCAUCUCGCCGGACAAGCCCUCGGAGACGGCUCCGUCGACGGCGGCUGUGGUCGUGCCGCCCCCGGCCGGCGCCCCGGUGACCGCCCCCGCGCCGCGGCUGCAGCCGCUGGUGUACACGCCGGCGCCGUGCUACCUUCACCACCACCAUCACCACCACUCGGCGCCGCCCCCGCCGGCCCCGACGUCGGCGAGCGCCGCCGCCGCAGCCGCCGCCGCAGCGGCCGCCGCCUACCUGCACCACCCGUGGCUGAUGGCCGGGCCGCCGGCCGCCGCCGUUCCCGGCUUCUACCCCGAGGUGCCCGGCGUUUCGCACGCCGGACCCAUCUUCAGGUUCAGCCCGACGCUGCGGUCGGUCUGA